CAACAUCGCCGCCGCCGUCGCACUCCGCAUCUCAGUCCCGUAGCGCGUACCGUUCGGCUUGCAUUCGUCCGACGUCGCGCGUCCCGUCCGGUUGUCGUUGCUCGUGUGCACUGUCCGUCCGUCGGCCGAUAUUUUCAAUGUUUGUUAAUUUUUUUUCGUACGUCUUUUUUUUUUAACAUAACCGUGUCAUAUAGUUUGUGUUUAUUUAUCGUUAUUUAGUGCGAUUUAUUUGCUCGUACGACAAAAUCGCAGUGCAUAUUCACCGUCGGGUGAACGAUAUUUCCGACGAACGUCGACCGCGCGCAGUGUGUUUUCCAUUUCGCCGUUUUAGUAUACGAUAAAAUCAUCUCGUCCCGAAAAUCGAAUCGGCCACCGGAGACCAACACGUUUUUCCGUCGUCACCGUCUCUCUGCAGCCGCGGCCAUGGAAGGAGCUCCGCACAUGGGUAAUUUCGAUUUCAUAAUGGACCAUCACCAUCACCAUCACCACGGUCGUGCGCUCGAAUCGUCCGUGUCGCCGCCGACCUCCGUGGUCAUGCAACAGCAACAGCAAUCGCUCCAACAGCAGCAACAGCAGCAGCAGCAGCAGCAGCAGCAACAACAGCAACAGCAGCAGCAGCUGCCCGGCAAGGCCGAUCACAUCAAGCGCCCGAUGAACGCGUUCAUGGUGUGGGCGAAAAUCCAGCGACGGCUCAUCGCUCACGACAACCCGAAGAUGCACAAUUCGGAGAUCAGCAAGCGCCUGGGCGCCGAGUGGAAGCUGCUGAACGAGACCGAAAAGCGUCCGUACAUCGACGAGGCCAAGCGUCUCCGGGCCCUGCACAUGAAGGAGCACCCGGACUACAAGUAUCGUCCCCGGCGCAAGCCCAAGAUCCAAUUGCACAACAACAACAACAACAACAACAACAACAUCAGCGGCGCUCACAACAACAACGGCGGCAUGCUGCACGGAUCCGCCGGCAACAACAACCUGCACCAUCAUCACGCCGCGCACCACAAACAGACCAACUUCCACGCGUUUCCGGUGGUGACGGCGAGCGGCGGUCCCGGCGGCCCGGCAAACUUCAACUUCCCGAUGCCGUACUUCUCGGCCAGCCACCAUCCGGCCCUGCACUCGUUCGACAGUUACUCGUCCGCGGGACUCGUCAGUCCGUACCUGAGCACCGCCAUGCCGUCGUUCGAUCCCAUCCACCUGUCCAAGCUCGUGGCCCAGCAGCAGGCCGUCGUCGCCCAGUCCGGCGGCGGCGGCAAUUCCCCGUCGCCGUCGUCGCAGAUGGCCGGAUCUCCGCCACCCGCGGUCGACAUCAACGCGGCGGUGAACGGGCUGCAGCAGCCGUUGCAACCGCACUUGCACCAGCAGCCGCAGCAACAGCACCAUUUGCAACCGCCGCACGCCAAGAACGGCGGCGCGGCCGUGGUAAGUUCGUUUUACAAUCAGUUCUAUCCGCCGGCCGCCGGUUCGGGCAAGGCGGGACCUUACCCGCACCAUCCGAUGAGCAUUUUCCCGUCGCCUUUCUCGUUCUACAACAACGGCGGCGGCGCCGGUGCCGGCACGGUCGAAGACCAUCACGGACAGCAGCAUCACCACAGCCAUCAGUCGGCUGCCGCGGCCGCUUUUGCCGUCCAGCAGCAUCAUCACCAACAGUUGCAGCUGCAACAGUUGCAACAGCAACACCAACAGCAUUUGCAACAGCAGCAGCAGCAGCAGCAACAACAGCAACAGCAACAGCAGCAGCAGCAGCAACAGCAACAGCAGCAGCAACAACAGGAGAGACCCGGAUCCUCGUCGUCCGACAUGGAAAACGAUCCGACCAGACAAGUUCCUAACGCUUCCAAUAACAACAUUCAUUAAAACGAUUUCGAGAUUCGCACCGCCUACCAUACCCCGCACUCGACCUAUCUUGCCCGAUUUUUGGUUUUUAUUAUGUUUAUUAUUAUUAUUUUUUUUUUUUUUUUGAUACGAUUUUGUUGUUUCCAACGAUUGAUUUAUUUUUACUUUAAUGUUGUGCGUGUGCGCCUUUUUUUUUUUGGCGAAACGUACACUAUUUGAAUUUUUACCGCCCCGAGUGGCGAUCGUUCCGUUCACCCCCCCUCCCUAACUCAUAUUUUGCCAUAAAUAACUGACCUUUGUUGAUAUAUUAUAUAUAUAGAUGUAUGUAAUUUUUUUUUUUUGUGUCGCCGUCGACUGUUUAAUUAUAAUGCAUUUUACAACAUUCCAUCCCCCUUUUCUUACCGUCAUCGCAUCGUGUAAAAAUCCGUAGUUAUUCAAUAGCGUGUGCCAUUUACACUAUUUAACCUCCAUACCGAACUAAACAUUCAUACUAUCCUAUUCGAUAUGACGAUAAUGAAAUUAUUGUAUUAAUCGCCGGGAAACCUUGUAAGUGUAUGUCAAUUUGCGUUUAAUAAUAAUUCUAAUAUAAUUUAACGUGUUAGGGCGCCAACUCGGCCGGCUCGCCACCUCUGCACUAGACAGUAACAGCAUUUGAAAUAUCAAGUUCGGAUCUGAACUCGUGGAAAAUGACUUUGGUCCCGAUUCAGCUUCUGCACUAUUUAAAACAAUAACUUACUUGAUGAUAUAAUACUAAUAUUUACUUUCAUAAUUUUUUGUCUUAUGAUUUAUGAUUUUACCUACUGUACGUGGCGGGCCCGUCUCACUUUUUUUUUUUUAAAUUUUGCUUGCCAAUUUAUGAUUUAUUGGUUAACAUAAUAUAACUGUUUAUGUUAGUACGUUACUGACUAUAUGUUCGUAAUGUUUGAUUUUGUUUAGUUUCGACGAAGAUAAUAUUUUGUUAUCGAAUAACGAAACAUCGUGGAGACAACGGCGGCAAUACCACCGCCGCCGCUCCAACUAAUAAUAUAAUAUUAUAGAUAUAAGUAUUACACGCGUAUUAUACUUGUCUCAUAAUUUUUCCUAUAUAUUUAUAUUACAUAAUUGAUAUAUAUAUAUAUAUAUAUAUAUAUAUAUAUAUAUAUAUAAACCUGUGUUGUAAAUAAUAAAUUUUAAAACUCAUUAUGAUAAUAAUAAUAUUGACUAUUAUUAUUUUUACCUAUAUAAAAUAUCGAUUAUUAUAUACGCGCAUAACUUGAUGAUAUGUUUGGAAAUUAAAUUUACAUAAUACAUAUUUACCUAUUAUUAUAAAAAUUAUUAUAAUAAACCCUAUUGUUGUUAUUAUAAUAUCUAUCUAUUAUUAUUAUUAUUAAUUAUUAUUAUUAUUACAAAAUACGAUAAUUAUUGUAUUAAGCCGUAGUAAUAAUUCCGUGUAGCGCCAGUGUUUGUGCGUGUGUGUGCGUUAAUAGUUCAAUAAUAAUAAUAACAAAUUCAAAAAUCGUGAAUUUUUUUCGUAGUACUCCGAUUCAAAUACCUUUUUUCGUCCUUUAUUUCUUCGUUUUGUUUCAUCGGUCCACCUUAAAAUAUAUUAUUAAUAUCAUUAAUGUCGUUUUACGCACGUAUACGUGUUAUAUGAUAACGAUCUUAGAUUUAGUAGUUAGUGUUAAUGGAUAAUUACAUUUUUUUUAGAUUUACUCACUAAAUAAUACUGACCGGUCACAGUUUUUUGAGUUCGAUUUUCCGCUAUCGCCCGGCACGCCGUGGCCAUAGUUUUUUUUUAUUUUUGUCCACCCUCUCGACCCACCAACCAGAUGGAGAACACACCACUUCUCCGUCGCGGGGUCGAGAGAUUUGUACUGAAAUGCACACACGCGCUCGCACACGCAUACAUAAUAUUAUAAUAUGUAGUGACCUACGCUUUGUUGUUAUGUAUUUUUUAUCAUGUGUACACGCGCGGCAAAACGUGUGUAACCAAACCUGUUGACCCGUUUUUAUUUAUUUAUUAUUAUUAUUAUUUUUUUUCUCAUUUUUUUUUUUAAAAGUAGUCUUAAGUGCCAAAAUAAAUGUUUGAAUGUGUUUAAGAAAAAAAAAUUGUCACUCGUAUUAUGCUGAAUUAUUCAUGAAUAAUUUUGUAUAAUAUUAAAAUAGCUUUGAAGCAUAUAUGUAUAUAUAUAUGUCUAUGUAUAAGUAUAUGUACACAUAUCUUGUCUAUGUAUACUUAUAUAUAAAUAUAUAUGUAUACUCUAAUGUAUUAUUUGCUUAUGUUGAACUUGUAAAAAGAAUUAUGUCAUGUGAAGUUUACUUUGGAAAAAAUUAUUAUACUCAAAUAAAUUUGACCUAAAACACAGGUUUUAAUAUCAGUAAUACAUCUAUUUUUUUUUAUUCACGCUCAUCACGAGUUGUGUCUUUAUAAUAGGUAUUGUUAACUCUCAUACAGGUACAGACCAGAAAUCUUAAAAUAAAAAAAUGCGACGAUAAUACGCUUUUAA